AACUUUACCAUGGAUUAAAUCAAGGCUCAAAGGCAGCAGCAGGAAAGGAACCGUUGCUUAUUCCUGGAGAUAAGAUUGAGACACCUUUUAGCAGCUGGACGUCUGUAAUUUUAGUCAGGAAUAGCCUGCUUAAAUGGAUUAAAAGAGAACAGCAGUUGGUGCUUGACAGUGCCCAGUGGGUGGCUAUGCAGUGACUGAUUAGAGGAAAACCUGAAAAGGUCCAUAGGAUCAACAGGAAGAGGUUCUGAAACAGAACGGCCACAGAUGGAUGUUGGUAAUUGCUUUGUUGGUGGCACUGGAGAAGGUGAUUCCAGGCUCAGAACCUUGGAGAUGUAAUGGAUUGAAUUAGUUUGCUCACUUAAUUACACAUUUAUGACGGGUCAGAUUCAGAAAGUUUUAGCAAGUGCGUGCCAGAUGAGGUAAAGAUGCAGGACAUCCAGAUGGCGGUUAAACCGGUUGCCAGGUUCAAUUUUCUAAUACAUUGAAAGGAUUUAAUUUAAGACAUUUGGUUUUCCUUGUGUCUAAAGUGAAGAUGGUGGUUUAUAAUUAUUGUUUAGUACAGGUGAAGCUACGUUUUGAGGUAAUGUUUUAAACACACACUUGAUAUUCAUUACUAUAUAAAGGUGCCACUCCUUGAAGAUGUUUCUGUACUGGAAGAAGCGAGGUGAAUAUGAGCUGGAGGCGUUGAUGCCUCCCUUCACACAAAUGACAAUGGAGCGCUACUCAUGGUCAUCAUCACUGGACGUCAUCCAUGAUCUGUCUGAUGAUAAACCAGUCCAGGAGGAAGACUGGGUGGUUUGUCAGCACCCCGAGUGUCCUGACCACCGAAGGGCCUCCAAGGUUUGCCACCACCCAGACUGCCAGGACCUGAACAGCAAAAGCCCCCUUCAUCUGUGUGAUUCAUGUGACUCGCGAUGCCAUCCAGAGAGCGCCGACAACAUGCACUUUGACCGACACCCCCGAUUUGACCUGCAACCUCAAGCUUCCAUCCUGGCUCGGAACGUGUCCACGCGCUCCUGCCCCCCACGCACCAGCCCCCCCUCCGAUCUGGAGGAAGAGGAUGAAGGGAGCAAUGACCGCGGUGAGCGUAAAACGGUGGGGAUGAAGUUGGGAAAGAAGAAGCCAAGGAGACGACACACUGAUGACCCCAGCAAAGAGUGUUUCAGCCUCAAGUUUGACCUCAACGUAGACAUCAACACAGAGAUUGUACCGGCUAUGAAAAAGAAAACACUGAGAGAGGUUUUAGGUCCAGUGUUUGAGAGGAAUGGCAUCGAGCUGUCGCGGGUCGACCUGUUCCUUGAUCAGUCCAAUACGCCGCUGUCCCUGCACUUCGAGGCCUAUCGCUUAGGAGGACACUACCUCAAAGUUAAAGCACGUCCCGGUGACGAGGUGAAGGUGGCGCAGAGUGUGAAGGACUUUCGAUCACACAGCCUGCCCAUCAUGAAGCCCCCUGAUGGCCAGAGCCCCUACAUCCUCACCCCGAGAGAGAAGGUGGCACACGAGUCUCUGGGACGCCGUGAAAGCAUCGAUCUGCUAGGUCAGGCUCGACGGAGGAAGAACAUGACGGAGUUCCUGGGGGAGACCAACAUUCCGACCCAGGAUGCUCUGGGACAGCUGGGCGGCUCGCUGCCCGCCGUCGGGGCGGGACCGGACAGCUGGAAGAACCGCGCCGCCAGCCGCUUCAGCGGCCUGUUCGGCUCAAACGCCGGAGCGGGGCCCUUUGGCAAGGAGUUGGACCGUCUCGAGCAGCUCCAGAGCAAACUCCACUCCUACUCGUUAUUUGGGCUCCCAAAGGUGCCGCGGCAGCUCUCCUUCCACCACGACUCCUGGGAGGGAGAGGAGGAGGCCAACCUGGUCAUGGAGGACAGCUGGAAGACGCUGCUGGACGAUCCUGAGGUGCUGACGAAGCGACAGUUCCACCAGCAGGAGGCGAUAUGGGAGCUGCUGAAUACAGAAGCCACCUACAUAAAGAAACUCAGAGUCAUCACUGAUUUGUUCCAGUGUGGGCUGCUGAACCUGCAGGAGAGCGGCCUGCUGACGGAUGUGGAACCCACCAAACUGUUCAGCAACAUCCAGGAAAUAGUCCGGCUCCACAUCUCACUGUGGAACCAUGUCAUGCUGCCCGUUCUGAAGAAGGCCAGGGAGGCCCGGGCCCUGCUUGACCCAACUCACCUCCAUGAUGGCUUCAGAACGUUUGGGUCCAGAUUCCAGCCAUACAUUCAUUACUGCAUGGAGGAGGAGAGCUGCAUGGAGUACAUGCGCACACUUCUCAGGGACAAUGAACCCUUCAGGACAUAUGUUACGUGGGCAGAGACCCAUAAGCAAUGUAACCGUCUGAAGCUGGCCGACAUGUUGGCAAAGCCUCAUCAGAGACUGACCAAGUAUCCCCUCCUGCUGAAGAGCAUACUGAAGAAAACUGACGAGCCGUCGGCCCGCGACAUCGUUAACAGCAUGUUGGUCACAGUGGAGAGCUUCAUCAAUAGCGUGGACUCGCAGAUGCGACAGCGUCAGGAGCAGCAGAAGCUGGCCACCAUCUCGGCCCGCAUAGACUCCUAUGAGGCCGUGGAGGGCAGCAGUGAAGAAGUGGAGAAGAUCCUCAAAGAGUACAACCGCUUCGAUCUAAUGUCUCCCAUGAGAGAAACGUCACCGGAGGAGACUCGACAGCUGCACCUCGAGGGAGCUCUGAGGAUGAAAGAGGGCAAGGACAGCAGGAUGGAGGUCUACUGUUUCCUGUUCACCGACCUGCUGCUAAUUACCAAACCGGUGAAACGAGUUGAAAAGGUUAAAAUUAUCAGACAGCCUCUCCUCAUUCACAACGUCGUCUGUAAGGAGCUCAAAGAUCCUGGUUGUUUUAUCCUUAUCUACCUCAAUGAGUUCAAGAGUGCAGUAGCAGCUUACACUUUUCAAGCCAACAGCGCCUCCCAGGGGCGAAGCUGGAUUGAUGCAAUUUGCAAUGUCCAGAACCAGCUGCAGAGACUCCGCAGUCAGGAAGCCCUCCGGCAGCAGGACAUUCAGAAGAAAUGCACAGCCGAGGAUGAGGAGGAAGAGGAAGAUGAGAGCAGCAACUCCGCUACCAGCUCCCCGAUCCUUCGGCACAAGGAGGAGCCGAACUCCAGCCAGUCAGACGGUUCAACCGAGACCCUGUCUGUGAUGGAUGUGGAUGAGCCGACUGAGCACCAACAAUCCCCUGCCUCCAGCACAAACUUCGAGGAAUGCUCCAGCAGAGACUCGGAGCCCGACCUGGUUCUCCUGUCAGACAGGUCCGAGCUCCAGCAGUCCACCUACCGAGCGCAUCCCAUCGUUUACAUCGGACAGAUUCAAGAGGAGAACGAGGAGCUGGACCCGCAGCGGCGGUCGCUCUCUAUGGACAGUGCGUAUGGUACCCUCUCUCCUGAGUCGUUUCAGCGGGAGCUGCAGCCACAGCCCAUCCAAAGUGAGGGUGAGGAGGUGGAGGUAGUGCAAGACCAGGAGGUGGAGUUUGGCAAAAAUGGGAAAGUGGAAGAACAGAAGGAGGAAGAUGAGGAAGAAGAAGAAGAGGAGGAGGAGGAGGAAGAGAAUGCAUCUGUAGGGUCCCAGCUGUCUGUGGUGCAGUCAACCAAACCUCGCCGGAGGCCUCCUGUGCAGUCCAAGGUUCAAUGCAUACAGAGGCUGACCUCUUUGACCUUCUCCCGCUCAGAGGACAACCUCCUGCAGCGAGUCCACGGCGAGGAAAACCCCGUGUCUCACACACACUCUUUCAACUCUGAGUCCCAGGAACUGGACUGCACGGACGUAGACCCGUCCUCUCUGGCUCACAGCAAGAGCCUGUCGGAGCUGCGGCGGAACGGCUUCAACCGCUCCGAAGACUGCCUGAGCUCCAGCAUGCCCGCCGACAAACUGCAGGCCAGCCUGAGCCGGGCCAAGGUCAUGCUCAACCGUAAGACGCAAGAAGAGGUGGAUGGGGAGACGGCACCGUCUAGCAGAGCAGAUAGAAAAUGCGAGACGACGACAGCAGACACGAAUUCACCUAAAAACAAAAAAAGGAAAUCUCCAGCCCAGCAGCACAAGAAGCUAACGUUAGCUCAGCUCUACAAGAUACGCACAACUCUAGUUCUAAACUCCACGCUGACUGCAUCGGAGGUAUAACUUUUCCAAACGGCAGAGCGGCAUCAACAUCACAAGGGUUAGCGCUUGUUUUGUUUGGAUAGACUGAUUUUCUAUAGACACAGAUGCACUCUUUGUCACACUGCCCUCUCCCUUGCAGUUGCUACUCUGGACUUUUUUAUUUAUACAUCAUCAUUUAGUUUUUUUUUUUAAUGUUUCAUUGGGUUUUGAAUUCCUCAAACAAAAAAGGAGGGAACAUUUACUGCCUGCACUUUGCAAGAGAAGUAGCACUGGAGGGGUGGAACCUGCAGCGGUGAGACGUCCAGGCGGAGGUCCGGCAACCUCGUUCCGGCACUCCACACAGGAGACGCUGAACUCUUCCCUUCCUCUCACUCAUGAGUUGAAGAAAGAGACACCAAAUCUUGAAUACGCUUGUGUGUUAGCAAGAAAAAACAAAACAAACAAAAAAAAACACCUGGACACUUGUAUUGCUCCUGAUUUGCUUCAACAAAGGAAACUAUUGCACAGUUUUCUCUAAGUACAAAACUAAGGAGUGAAAUUUUCAGCCAUGUAAUGAGUCGCUUGCAUAUGAUGCGUUUUCGAUUCUUGACUGAACCGAAACUGAUCACCAUCUCCUUUGAUUAUGCAAACCCACCCAAAGAUGGGAGGCCUGUGUAAUCCUGCGAGAGCAAAAACUAAAACAAAAACAACCACAAAAAAAAAGGAAUCCAAAUAAGCCAAUCGCAUUUCAGCUUAAUUUCAACUUUGUGUUUACUGUUUGCGUUUUUUUUUGCUGAACUAAUGACUAAAAAUGGGUGACUGAAGCCAUUUUGGUAUUUUUUUUUUUCUGCACUAUACAUGUUCCGGCUUGAGGCGCGCACACAAAUAAAAAUAAAAUGGAUUCACAAGAAGAAAGGAAAGUCUCACUAGCAUGUGCUUGUUUCUUAGUAAUGUUAGCAGGUUGAAGAAAGAGGUUUGUGUUGAUUAUUCUGCAGCGCUUUAGCUGAACAACGUUCUUCAGGAGAUUAAAAAAAGCUUUUCAGAUCACCAACUUUUUUUUUUCCCCCAAACCAAAUAGGUAAAUGAAAUUGUUUACUUCUGUUUUUUUGUUUAUAAUAUUUAUUACCCCUUCUGUGUUUUAUAUAUAAGAUUUUGUUUAUGUUUGCUUUCAUAAUUUGUACAUGUGUUUUGUUAAUAUUUUGGGUUUUUUGUCAUGUCAGGCAUUAACAUGCUAAGAACCAAAAUCAUGUCUUUUCUUUCAGGAAUGACUACAAAGUGUCUUAUGAAAUAAUAAAAAAAACCUACAAAAUACCUUA